ACUCAGUGUCAAGUACACAUACAUAAAUACAUAGAUAUAUCUAUAUCUAUCACACGUUUCUCGCGAAUCUUCCACUUUCAUAAUUGUCACUCUUAACUUUUUCGAGCUGAUAAGAACGGAACCGCACCUUCGGGUCGUCUGGGAAGGCGAAGAGAAAAAUUUCUGGAGAAGUUUUCCCUCGAAACAAAUGGGCACCUAAGGCUCUAAUUUUGGCAGUAUCUAAUUGGUGUGCUUUUGGAAAGGAAAGCUAAUAUUGGCAUAUACAAUUAUACACAAUGGAAAAUUCUGAAGAAAGUAAUUUGAACUUGCCUAUGAUGGAAAAAACGGGGAGUAGUGAUUAUUUGUCGAUUUUCACAGACCAUGGAUCAUUAGGAAUUGUUGGUGCAGUUACUGUUGCAAUUCUUAUACCUUUAUUUCUUUCAACACUUGUUGGGAAGAAAAAGGUAAAACAAAGGGGAGUUCCUGUAGAGGUUGGUGGUGAGCCAGGUCUAGCAAUGCGCAAUGCUAGGUCGGUCAAAAUGGUUGAGGUUCCUUGGGAAGGGGCCACGACUAUGGCGGCUUUAUUUGAGCAGUCUUCUAAGAAGCAUUCACGAAAUCGGUUUCUUGGAAGAAGAAAGCUGAUAUGUAAGGAUUUGGUCACCGCUAGUGAUGGGAGGAAGUUUGAGAAACUACACUUUGGGGACUAUCAGUGGGAGACUUACGGGCAGAUAUUUGAUCGUGCUUGCAACUUUGCAUCUGGACUUGUUAAAUUAGGUCAUGAUGUGGAUACUCGUGCUGCCAUUUUUGCUGAAACGCGGGCAGAGUGGCUCAUCGCUUUUCAAGGAUGCUUCCGGCAGAAUGUUACUAUUGUUACUAUCUAUGCUUCUCUAGGUGAAGCCGCUCUAAUCCACUCACUUAAUGAGACCCAGGUAUCAACGUUGAUCUGCGAUUCAAAGCAAUUGAAGAAGUUGGCUGCAAUAAGUUCAAGCCUGAAAACUAUAAAAAAUGUCAUUUACUUUGAAGAUGAAGAAACUUCAAGUGAUUCUGAUUUAUCCAGAGAUGUAAACAGUUGGACAGUUUCAUCUUUUACUGAAGUUGAAAAACUUGGGGUGAACCACCCUGUUCAUCCUAGACUACCUAUCAAGUCAGAUAUAGCGGUUGUUAUGUAUACAAGUGGCAGCACUGGGCUACCAAAGGGAGUUAUGAUAACGCAUGGCAACAUUGUAGCCACUGCAGCUGCAGUCUUGACAGUGAUUCCUGAACUGAAAAGUAAUGAUGUUUACUUGGCAUACUUGCCUCUAGCUCAUGUUUUUGAAUUGGCGGCAGAGUCUGUGAUGUUGGCUGCAGGUUGUGCCAUUGGUUAUGGUUCAGCACUGACUUUAACUGACACUUCCAACAAAAUCAAGAAAGGAACCAAGGGAGAUGCUUCCAUGUUGAUGCCCACCGUCAUGACAGCGGUUCCAGCAAUAUUAGACCGUGUUCGCGAUGGAGUUUUGAAGAAGGUUGUGGAGAAGGGAGGUAUCGCUAAGAAACUUUUUGACAUUGGAUAUAAGCGCCGACUAGCAGCUAUAGAAGGAAGCUGGUUUGGAGCUUGGGGAUUAGAGAAACUAUCGUGGGAUGUCAUUGUUUUCAAAAAGAUACGCUCUGUACUGGGGGGAAAUAUUCGAUUUAUGCUCUGUGGUGGAGCUCCUUUAUCUGGAGAGACACAACGAUUUAUCAACAUAUGCAUGGGGGCUCCUAUUGGUCAAGGGUAUGGCCUGACAGAAACAUGUGCUGGAUCUGCUUUUACUGAGUUUGAUGACAUUUCCAUUGGGCGUGUUGGUCCACCUCUUCCAUGUUGUUACAUUAAGCUUGUCUCUUGGGAAGAAGGUGGGUACAAGAUAUCAGACAAACCUAUGCCCCGAGGAGAGGUUGUGGUGGGUGGGUUCAGUGUCACUGCUGGUUACUUUAAUAAUGUUGCAAAAACUGAGGAGGUGUACAAGGUUGAUGAGAGGGGAAUGCGCUGGUUCUAUACUGGUGACAUUGGGCAGUUCCAUCCUGAUGGAUGCCUUGAAAUUAUUGACAGAAAGAAGGAUAUUGUUAAACUCCAACAUGGAGAGUACAUCUCUCUUGGCAAGGUUGAGGCAGCACUGAUGUCGAGCAAUUAUGUAGAGAAUGUAAUGGUUCAUGCAGAUCCCUUCCACAGUUUCUGUGUAGCCCUAGUUGUUCCCUCCCAUCAAGUCCUUGAGAAGUGGGCUGGAGAAGGUGGUGUCAAUUACAAAGAUAUUUCAGAGUUGUGUGACAAAAAAGAAGCUGUCAGUGAAGUCCAACAAUCACUUUCCAAGGUAGCAAAAACUGCCAAGUUGGACAAGUUCGAAACUCCUGCAAAAAUUAAGUUGAUGCCUGACCCGUGGACACCUGAGUCUGGAUUAGUUACUGCUGCACUCAAAAUAAAGAGGGAACAACUGAAGGCCCGAUUCAAAGAUGACCUUGAAAAGUUAUACGCAUGAAGCCUUCUGACAGUUCAUAUGUUGCUCUAUUAUGUUUUUUGUUUUACUGAUAACAAAUUUUGGUGAUUCUGUAUCGUUUUGUCACCUAUGAAAACGGGAUUUUCACUAGUGUUGGCUCUGUAACCUGUGUUUCCUAAUUAGAAGUCUAUUUUGGGUGUUGGUUUCCA